AUGAAUGAAUGGCGUGAGAUCUCCCUCCAUGUCCACCCCCAUCCAUUCCGCCACCAUCCUUCACCGCUGGCCGCAGUGACGCCCUCCCUCUGCCUACAUUCAUUCCCAUUCCCCUCCCCACGCCCGCGUCACAGCCUUCGCUCCACUCCAACCACCACCACCCCUGCCACAAUGCAGCCCCUUCUCGGGCUAGCCCUCCUUGCCCUGCUGCUCCUGGCCUCACCGGCGCCGGCGCUCUGCCGCCACCGCGCGCCGGCCGCGGCCACAACCGAGACGCUCGACGUCGCGGCCUCCCUCUCCCGCGCCCGCGCCGCCGUCUCCACCGACGCCAACCCCCUCCACCAGUCCCUCGCCGCCACCGACACCGACACCAAUGUUCUCCCCGUUAAGGAGGAGCCCUCCGGCGGGCCGAGCGGCCGGCUGGCGCUGAGGCUCCACUCGCGCGACUUCCUCCCGGAGGAGCAGGGCCGGCACGAGAGCUACCGGUCGCUUGUGCUGGCCCGCCUGCGCCGCGACUCGGCCCGUGCCGCCGCGCUGUCGGCGCGCGCGUCCCUGGCCGCCGACGGGGUCUCCCGCGCCGACCUGAGGCCGGCCAACGCCACCCCCGUCUUCGAGGCGUCGGCGGCGGAGAUACAGGGCCCCGUGGUGUCCGGCGUGGGGCAGGGCAGCGGCGAGUACUUCUCCCGCGUCGGCGUCGGCCGCCCCGCGCGGCAGCUCUACAUGGUGCUCGACACCGGCAGCGACGUCACCUGGCUGCAGUGCCAGCCCUGCGCCGACUGCUACACCCAGUCCGACCCCGUCUACGACCCCUCCGUCUCCGCCUCCUACGCCGCCGUCGGCUGCGACUCCCCGCGCUGCCGCGACCUCGACGCCGCCGCCUGCCGCAACUCCACGGGGUCCUGCCUCUACGAGGUCGCCUACGGCGACGGCUCCUACACCGUCGGCGACUUCGCCACCGAGACGCUCACGCUGGGGGACUCCGCGCCGGUCUCCAACGUGGCCAUCGGGUGCGGCCACGACAACGAGGGCCUCUUCGUGGGCGCCGCCGGGCUGCUGGCCCUCGGCGGCGGCCCGCUCUCCUUCCCGUCGCAGAUCUCGGCGACCUCCUUCUCCUACUGCCUCGUCGACCGCGACUCGCCCUCCUCCUCCACGCUGCAGUUCGGCGACUCGGAGCAGCCGGCCGUCACCGCGCCGCUCCUCCGCAGCCCGCGCACCAACACCUUCUACUACGUGGGGCUUUCGGGCAUCUCCGUGGGCGGCGAGGCCCUCUCCAUCCCGUCCUCGGCCUUCGCCAUGGACGACGCGGGGUCGGGCGGCGUCAUCGUGGACUCCGGCACGGCCGUGACGCGGCUCCAGUCGGGCGCGUACGCCGCGCUCCGCGAGGCGUUCGUGCAGGGGACCCAGUCCCUGCCCCGCGCGUCCGGCAUCUCGCUCUUCGACACCUGCUACGACCUCGCCGGCCGCUCCAGCGUGCAGGUGCCGGCGGUGGCGCUGCGGUUCGAGGGCGGCGGGGAGCUGAAGCUGCCGGCGAAGAACUACCUGAUCCCGGUGGACGGGGCGGGGACCUACUGCCUGGCAUUCGCGGGGACGAGCGGGCCCGUGUCCAUCAUCGGCAACGUGCAGCAGCAGGGCGUGCGCGUCAGCUUCGACACCGCCAAGAACACCGUCGGCUUCACCGCCGACAAGUGCUAG